AGUUUAUUUUAGAUUUUUAUUAUCAUAUUAGAAAAUUAUAUAAAUACAUGUGUAGCGGUUAUGUUUAGUACAAGACAUUUCAAACAGAGAGCGUUAUCGUUUUCUUACACUCGCACACUCACUGUCAGAAAGUAGAUCAGCUGGGACAAACAUUGACCGAGAGAGGAAAAAAAUACCAGCUGGCAGCUGGAGGUUUCAAUGGGUGAUAUAUAUAUAGUGGAUUAGUUGAUUAGUUACUCAAAUUUUGUUAUAUUAAAGAAGAAACAAUGACUAAAAUAUUCAUCACAUGAUACAUUUAAAAACAAUCUUUAUGUACAUAAAAAAUCACUCCGUUAUUGAUCAAGAUUUUAAAAAUAAGGGAUGAUUAAGUCAGUAUCGUAGUGUAUGCCAUUCAUUGGGAUUAUCCAGUUAAUUAUUUUACAUAAAAUGUCAAUAACUUUAAUUGUAAUAGAUUAAAAUUAUAAAUAUAAUAAUUAAAAACGAUGGCACAAGGAACUCCUGAAUCAGAUGUUGGGAGCUUUGAAUGUUUCACUAACUAUACUGCACCUGAAGUGUUUAUUCAAGGACUUGCCGGGCUUGUCGACCAACAAGAUGUUGAAUCUAUGAUAAGAGCUCAAAAACAAAUGUUGCAAAGAUUUGAAAAAACUAAUGAAAUGCUUACCAAUUGUAAUCAAUUGUCUAUUAGCCGCCUUAAAUCUACUGGUGCUGAGUUUAAAAAACAUACAGCAUUGUUGACUGAAAUGAAGAAAGAUUUAGAUUAUAUAUUUAAAAAAAUUAGAGUCGUCAAAAAUAAGUUAAAUCAGCAAUAUCCACAAGCAUUUAAUGAAGCUGUAAGGAGUAGUUUAGCUGAGGAAGUGUUAGUUGAAGAUGUUCAUGAAGGACCAAAACCGUUAGAACCAGAAAUUAUUCCUCCAGUAACUGUUUCAUCUUCAGCAACUGAAAAAGAUCAGGACCCAGAUUCUGAUGAUUCGAUUAUGAAAGCAGAGGAACCAAGUUCGGAAAUUGUAAAGAUAAAAAUCAAAGAAGAAAUCAAGGAAUGCGAAUCACAGGAAACACUUUUGUCUUUUGAUCAUGAUUUACCACCUAAUAUUCCAACAACUUUAACCAGCAGUGUAAUUACUCCCAGCGCAGUUAAAGUUAGUAUCGUUGCUAUCAACAAUUCAUCAAUCUCCACUAAACCCCCUGCAACCCCAAUUGAUAAAUCUAACUCGGGUGUUAGUUUGGUUUCAAAGGAAUCGCUGCCUGGUGAUGUAAAAAAUAAAGCGGUAUCGUCUCUGGUAAAUCAAUCACGACAUGUCAGCAAAGAAGCACUACACGACUGUGAAGAUAAUACAUCUUCGUCUUCGAAUAAUUGUUCACUCAAAGCAAAGCUACUGUCAGACAAUCAGCAACAGAAGCCGUCGGUGGCGGGAAACGAUAAUGGACAAAUGUAUUCAUCAUCGAUGGAAAAUCUUAGUCCCAAAGCAGUAUCUAUCAAAAUCGAGGAUGAGGAUCUCUCGAUGACAGAAAGCACAAAUAAAACCGAAGAAAACUUAACUAUUAGCGAAAUAAACAACACGUGUGACUCUAGUCAAUCCAAUAAUCCUAGCAGUACUGGGCUUAAGUCUAUCUCAAGUAUUUUUGCAGGCCACACUAAACUUAAAAGACUUCUCGGCACUCUUGUACAGUUUGCAAAUAAUAUAUCCAAUGAAGUUGGCGAUACUGUUCGUACUCUAAUAUUUGGGCUUUUGAGUGGAGGAUUGGCUAUAGAAGAAUUUCAUUCUUCUCUGCAAGAAGCUACUAAUUUUCCUCUGAAAGAUUUUGUUUUACCGUACCUGAAACAUACACUUCCUUUACUUCGUCGAAAUAUAUCUGCCGCUGCUAGAUCCAAUAAUCAGACAAGUGUGCAAUAUUUGCGAUGCAACGAGUCAGUUUUACUAGAAACGAUUAGUCUUGUCGUGCCGUCUGGAGAAAUAGUUCAACUGUUUGGUGAUUACAAUAGCGGUACCAGCAGUAGUUAUGGAAUACGUACUGCAAGUGUAACCAAUUCAAAUUCUAAUUCAUUUCUGCAGUCCUCAAAUUCUUUUUCAACUGCAUCACUCCAAGACUAUAGUAGCAGUGGAGCUGUUAAACGACGAGCUUCUGAUACUUUGUACUACGAAAAUGGUAUUGAAGAUUCAAUAAUUUACGGCAAACGAUCUGUUAGUUCUUGGAAUCAUUCCCAUCAUCAGCAUCAGCAACAGCAAUCACCAGAUUCUUAUUGCUGGUAUCAUCCGUCUGUUGGAAAUCCAAUUCAAAAUAACUCACAGACGUCUGUGCAUGGAAAUAGUCUCAUACCACCGAAUCUAAUUCAAAUCAAUCAAAUGUCAUAUAGUUCAUAUCAUGGACCCCAACAACAGCAACAACAACAACAACAACAACAACAGCAGCAGCAGCAUCAACAACAGCAGCAGCUGAAUCAAAUGACAUCAAGUAUUCAAAACAACUCAUCCCUUGAUGACGAAUGGAAAAAUAUUCAUGUAAUGCUAAACUGUAUUUUGGGUAUGGUUGAAAAAACUAAACGCGCGCUGGUAAUUUUACAAAAACGUGGUUCAUCAAGUCCAGCUGGAACUACAACUGCGUCUUCAGCUAAUGCAUCUACUGUUAUUUCUACGCCGAGUCAAAAUAACGGCAACACUCUUAAUUGCUUAAAUGGUUCUCAAGUAGAAGGAGGAUCCGUAGAUCGUGAUAGUAAUUUGAAACGACUUUCUGGAGAAAUCGUCGCUCAAACGAUAAGAGCUACUGAAGAUCGUGUCACUGCGGAAGUUAAAAGACGAGCUGAAGAAGCUGUUCAAGAAGUAAAACGUGCUGCUAUGGUUGAAGUACAACGUGCUGUAGCAAUAGCAGUGGCUGAAUCACGAGCUAAUGAACAAUUACGCGCUCAUCAACCCACCGACGGAUCAUUUUUACCUUUAAAAAAUCAUGGGAAUGUCAGACAGGGGCCAUUUUUCCGUCUGAACAGUCAUCCGGUUAAUCAAAGUGUAGAAAUUACGUCGAAAAUUAAUGCAGCGGCAACUAUUAAUUCAAGUUUAUCCAGAGAUGAUGAUAAAGAAAUUCAUCUUAGCAGUAUUGGAUUUACUUGUUGGAAUUGUGGGAGAUCAGCUCUGGAGACUUGUGGCGGGUGUGGAAUUGCAAGAUACUGCAGUUCUUUUUGUCAACAUCGUGAUUGGGAAACGGGUGGACAUCAUGCAAACUGUCGUCACAAUAGUCCAUCAACAAGUGAAUCACGUCGUUCAUCGCCACGAAGUCCACCUAGAGUUGUUAAUUUAAAUCAAAAUGAUAUCAUCGGCUCCUCUGAUAGUAGUCCUAAUUUAUCUAUUAAUAUUACCAAAGCCAAGUGAUUGUAAUAUUUAUGAGAAAAAACUAUCAAUAAUUCAUUUUUUCAUUCUUUCAUCGAGAAAUUAAUAAAUUCCGUCAAUUUAUUGAA